UUGAAUUUUUGGCAAAAAAUGUGCGGCCUAUACAUGCGUAAAUACGGUAAAUGCCAGCAAGUACUGCUACGGAUUAACACCAUGAAAACGUGUGGAAGAAUGGAGGUAUAGCUCCAUCAUUUUUAACCUCGGUGGAAGAUUAAGGGAAAUGGUGAGCUUCGGGCCUUUGACACUUUGCCUUCGGGGUUUACAAUCGAUAGAAGAUUGGGUGGGCUCCAGAGACGCUAGAGACCGCCUAGAUCGCCUAGAUGGCCUAGAUGCUCUAGGUUUGAGGAAAACUCAUGUGCCCGUGACGAGCUGACGAUAGUCAAUCCUCGAUUUCUCGGGCGUCUGGAGGGUCUGGAAGAUAGCCCAGUCGCUACACCAACUGAGUACAUACAAUGGCACAUGAUCAUGUGGUUUUUACCGAAGAAUCGGCUGCUACUACUUUCACAUCUCAAGAAAUGGAGAGAUUUCAUAGAACCUCCAGAAAGCGUUCCCAUAAUAUAAACGAUAGGUCAGGUAGAGGGACAAACUCAUGUGGGUGUGUAUCUACGAUUUCCUGCCAGCCUCUACCAGCGACAGAUGGAUCUGGAGUCAUUGACAUACGGAUUGUGACAACGCCACCAGCUGGUGUGACAUGUACACACCCUCUUGUCUACUGCUGCUAUACCAGCCAGCCACAUACAUACGUGUGUGGCACUAGAACUCCAAUGCGCCUGGCAAAUGUAAAAUUGAAGACAGGACAGGCACCGUUUGCUGCGUUCCCAUGGUCAGCAAUCAUUUUGGGACCUGAAAAUAACUACAUUGGAGGUGGAAUACUUGUGGGUUCUUACCAUGUCCUCACUGCUGCACACAAAAUAGCAUCAUAUGUGAACUGUCCAGGUGUGAAGGUACGUCUUGGAGACUGGGACAUUACACGGAACAUAGAACCGUACAGUUACCAAGAUUAUAUAAUUUCUAAUGUAUAUAUACAUCCACAUUUCAAUUCUGCGAAUCUUCAAAAUGACAUUGCUGUCAUUAAGCUGUACCAACAAAUACCACUAGGGGUUUAUCCCAAUAUAAACCCAGCAUGUCUGUCACGACAAAAUGCUGCCUUCACAGGGCAGAGGUGCAUUGUAGCUGGAUGGGGUACAGAUGCAUUUGGACCUAGUGGUCAGUAUCAGAGUAUUGAAAAGGAGGCAACUGUUCCUGUGCUUGGAUGGUCUGACUGUCAAGCUAAGCUACAAGCCACCCGCCUUGGUUCACAGUUCCAGUUCAAUCCUAACAGUUUCAUUUGUGCAGGUGGAGAGGAAGGCUAUGAUGCUUGCACGGGUGAUGGAGGGUCAGCACUGGUGUGUGAAGUGAAUGGACAGCACUAUGUAGCAGGCAUUGUUGCUUGGGGUAUUGGAUGUGCUGAUAAAGGUGUUCCUGGAGUGUAUGUCAAUGUACCCAGCUACAUUGACUGGAUCAACCAGAAGAUAUCACAAACCUGAAACAGUCAUAAAUGACUCAAACUACAAAGAAUUCUUCCUUCAAUCCUGUAUCUUUGAUGUUCACAUACUCAGGCACUGUACAGUUAGAUAUCAUUAAAAAGUAAU